AUGGAUACCAUUCAAGUUGGCAAAGAUUUUUCAGCAGUAGUUGGAUCGUUCGACACACCAUUCACCGAUUAUCUACACGAGCUUGAUGCCAUUGAUUACGUUGAGCCUAAUCAAGUGUACCACAUAGCAGCAUCGAUUGCAGCAACAGCUGAGAAACGGGAUCGCCAGGUGCAAAGUCCCGUUCCAAACUGGGGCAUCGCAAGAAUCACCCAUCGAGACAAGGAUGAUCUAAAAUCAAACAUAUUCGACGAUGCAAUGUCAGGGGAAGGAGUACAUGUCUAUGUUUUUGACACAGGCGUCAAUGCCGACCAUCCUGAUAUUAAGGGCCGCGUUACACGAGAUGCCAACUUUAUCGAAUACGAGGAUGAUAACGACGCAUCAGGCCACGGAACACAUGUGGCGGGUAUCAUUGGUGGUACUACCUUUGGUGUGGCUAAAAAGGCGCAGAUUCACAGCAUCAAAAUACUUGACAAACAAGGCGAUGGCUCUACUGUUUCUUUACUUCGCGCGAUAUCAUUCGUGGGCCAUGUUGCCAUACCAGGCAAGAGCAUCAUUAACUUGUCAUUAAGCGGCCCACCCUCUCAAUUGAUCGACAGUGCACUCAGCAGUCUUGCUCGAGAACGCAACGUCCCUGUUUUUGUCGCGGCGGGAAAUACCGGCGAUGACGCCUGUGCCUACACCCCGUCUCGUAACGCGGCUGUGUUUGCUGUCGGCGCAUCGGACAACAUCGACAACGUGCCUAUGUUCUCAUCUUUUGGCAAAUGUGUACGACUAUACGCCCCAGGAGUGGAUAUCACCAGUAGCUGGCUUGGUACUGAAUCGCACAGUUUGGAUGGAACAAGUAUGGCCAACCCGCAUGUUACCGGUAUUGCUGCGUUGCUCCUUGGUAAAAAUAACUAUGCCUCGGUCGACCAGGUUUACGACACGCUGACUUCUAUUGCCACCAAAAACGUAUUAAAGAUGUCACCAGCGGCUGUGGGACAUGAAAAUCACAAUCUACUAGCCUAUACCGGCAUCGAUGAUGCUCUUUAA